AUGGCUGAACCGACAAAGCCAACAGAAUCCAAGCCGCCUGACGUGGCCGUUGAGGACGACUCUGAUCCAGACUUUGAUGACCUUGACGAUGUGCUCGACCAAUUCUCCGCCGCGACCUCCUCGCAACCAAUGGCUGCCGCGACCAAAUCUCCCCAGGAGCCCAUACCCUCAUCAUCUGGACCCGGCAGGCCAACGACAGAAACCACCGCUGCCACCGCGGCUCCAGCGCUUCCUCCAGACAUUCCCAUCCCACCAGGCCCCAAGCCCAACGAGUCCGAAGAUGAGUUCCUCGAACGGCUAACGGCUGAGAUGUCGAGUGUCAUGUCGAAAUUUUCCAUGGACCCCGCCGCGUCGGCUGCCUCACCCGAAGACAUUGCUAAGAUGGGCCAGGAGCUAGAAGAGUUUACACAGAGGAUGGAAGCUCAAGGCGUUCAGCCGGAGGACAUGCUCAAGGCCAUCCUGGGUGAGGACGCCGGGAACAAGGUGGUCGACGUUGCCGAGCAGGAGCGCGACCGUCGAGAGUCGCAGUCGAAGUCAAGAAGCCCCGAGAAGUCGCGGGCGAACGAUGAGACAUCCUCAACACAGCCAUCAAGCUCCAAACCCAAGUCCGGCUCGAAAUCCAAAGCCAAAUCACAGGCUAAACCGGCCGACUCGUUCGAAGACACGAUCCGCAAGACAAUGGCGCGAAUGGAAUCCUCCUCAGCCGCCGCAUCAGGCGCCACGCAGAAAUCCGCCGCCAAAUCGGAGGAAGACAUGCUCGCCGAAAUGCUUCGCGCCCUAGACUCGGAAGGUGGCGGCGGCGCAGGCGGUAGCGCCGGAUCUGAGGGCGACCUGUCGAAGAUGUUCCUGGGGAUGAUGGAGCAGUUGACGAACAAAGAAAUGCUGUACGAGCCGAUGAAAGAGCUGUCGACCAAAUACCCGACGUGGCUGGACGAGAACAAACCGCCGGCAUCGAAGCUGGCACCGGCGGAGUACGAGCGCUUCACGCGGCAGCGCGUCAUCGUGGACGAGAUCGUGGCCAAGUUCGAGGAGAAAGGCUACAGCGAUGACAACCCGCAGUGCCGCGAGUUCAUCUGGGAGAAAAUGCAGCAGAUGCAGGGCGAGGGUGCGCCGCCGGAGGAUCUCGUUGCGAAUCCCUUCCCCGGAAUGGGCAUGCCGGGGCUCGGCUUGGGCGAUGGGCCGGACGGCAUGGAGGAUGGCUGUCCGACACAAUGA